ACCAGAAGCAGGACACGUCCCACCCUGACGUGAGGGCGCGCGGCCUGCUGGGAUACGUAGUCUGGCUGGGUCUAGGACGCCCCCUCGGAUGAAUGGGUCCGGGGCUGACCGCGAACUACAGCUUCUCGGGCAGCAGCGUUAGUGGCGGCCGCUGGGGAAGGGGAGAGUGCGGCAGCCCCGGGGAAGAGUUCCGCUCCGGGGAGGUGGCGAUGUCCUGUGCCCCUGCUGAGGCAGCAACUCGGCUACCUGGGGUGGUGGUAUAGGCAGGCACUUCCUCUGCGCACUUGCCCCCCUUCCCCUGCACCGGCAUGCGCCAGCUCUGCGCGGUGGGCCUGGUUUUCGCAGGCUGCUGCAGUAACGUGAUCUUCCUAGAGCUCUUGGUCAGGAAGCACCCAGGAUGCGGGAACAUCGUGACGUUCGCACAGUUUUUGUUCAUCGCUGCGGAAGGCUUCCUCUUUGAAGCUCACUUGGGCACGAAGCGGCCGGCUAUCCCAAUAAGAUACUAUGCCACGAUGGUCACCAUGUUCUUCACCGUCAGCGUGGUGAACAACUACGCCCUGAACCUCAACAUCGCCAUGCCCCUGCACAUGAUAUUCCGCUCUGGUUCUCUAAUUGCCAACAUGAUUCUAGGAAUUAUCAUUUUGAAGAAAAGAUACAGUAUGUUCAAGUACAUGUCCAUCGCCCUGGUGUCCGUGGGGAUAUUCAUUUGCACCUCCAUGUCAGCGAAGCAGGUGACUUCCCAGUCCAGCCUGAGUGAGAGUGACGGAUUCCAGGCAUUUGCAUGGUGGUUACUAGGCAUCGGAGCCUUGACCUUCGCUCUUCUGAUGUCAGCCAGGAUGGGCAUUUUCCAGGAGACUCUCUACAAGCAGUUUGGGAAACACUCCAAGGAGGCUUUGUUCUAUAAUCAUGCCCUUCCCCUGCCUGGAUUCAUCUUCUUGGCUUCUGAUAUUUACAACCAUGCUGUGCUUUUCAAUAAGUCUGAGUCGUACCAAGUCCCCGUCGUCGGGGUGACAGUGCCCGUCAUGUGGUUCUACCUCCUCAUGAACGUCGCUACCCAGUACGUGUGCAUCCGGGGCGUCUUCAUCCUCACCACGGAGUGCGCCUCCCUCACCGUCACCCUCGUCGUGACCCUGCGCAAGUUCGUGAGCCUCAUCGUCUCCAUCCUGUACUUCCAGAACCCGUUCACCCUGUGGCACUGGCUGGGCACCGUGUGUGUGUUCGUUGGGACGCUGAUGUACACAGAGGUGUGGAACAGCCUAGGGACCGCGAAAAGCCCGCCUGGGAAGGAGGGCAAGAAGAACUGAGGUCUGCCAGGGGGGCCGGCGUGGCCGUGAGCCGGGGGCCGGCGCGGGUCCGGCUGCCGUUUCACUUUUGUUCACGCUGAACUCGCCCCCAGCACCGGGCCAGCCACGCACCAGAGAAUCCGCAGAAGGCGGGGACGUGGCGGAUUUCACGUGGCUUUCCAGGCCCACCUGGGUGGGCCCCGAAUGGAAACCUCACGACCCAAAUGGCAGGAAAGCAUAGCCGUCCGCUGUUGGACAGCGCGCUCGUUACUUCUGUCUCGUUUACCAGAGUGCUGGGGACUGCACUUGUUUAGUGAGUCGAGUCUGCAGAGCUACUAGUUUUAUACCCACAGCCUUGGACAGAGUUACCCUUUUUGUUGUUGUCCUGUUGAUUGUCUGCCGUAAGUCAUCACCAUCCUGUGUCCUUGUCCUUCUGUUCUGGCGUCCUUCCACUCCUCCGAGGCACUUUUCAGUGGGUCAUGUGCUCCCGGCAUCAUCAGGAACAACUACCUGCGUGACCGAGCGAAUGGAGACACUGGUGACACUGGGGCUGGACCUUCCCCAGCGGGUUGGGAAAGGGGUGGCUGUCCCUGGGGCCCGAGCUCCGGUGACAGUGGAGCAGGACUGGGGGGACCCCUUUCCCACCAUCUGUUUUGUUUUCUAUGCAAAACUGUGUGCUUUGCCAUCUGGCUUUCUGUGCUUAGAACAAACCUGCAGCAUAGCUCUAUGGCACAGUGUUAAUAAGAAAAAAAGUUGUGUAUAAAUUGGGAAAGAGACGUUUUUUUCCUCCUCACUCUUCUGCAUGAAGCCCAUGAGCCUAGAACUGAGAAGGCGACACCAGGGUGGCCCAGGAGAAGCUGGCCUUGGCCCUCACCCAGGGAGCCACAGCACCCCCACCCCAGGCCUUCACAGGGCUGCUUCCAGGCGGGCAGGUGAAAGAAGUCUUUGAAGGGCUUCUGAGCCGGGGAGGUUUCACUCGGCCUAACAAUUCGGACAGUUGCAAGCAGGCUAAUGAGUAGAUUAAAAUAUGGCGUUGGUGUGUAAAUCAGGUCAAAUCGCAACUAAAAUGGAAAGUUUUUGUUUUUCUACAAGGUAUCUUAAUGUUUGUGAUGGGUGUGUGUGAGGGUGGGGGUUGUGCAUACACGUAGAAAGGUGGCCCCCCUUCUACUCACCCGGUUUUCCUCCCCGGGCAUCAGGUUGAGACAGAGAUGACGUCAGCCAGCGUGGCGUGUGCCCUCGAGCAGUUUGCUCGUGAUGAUGUGGGAGAGAAGAGCACGAGGGUCAGGGUUCCUUCAUUCCCUCCAUCUUCCCUUAGCCCUGGACCGUGGCUGACCUCACGCAAGUACAUGCUCGGCAGGUAAACGUACCGGCCGCUCUCUCUCUGCACUCAGAGGCCAUUCUUUCCCUGGGUGCAGGCUGUGUUCUUAAAGGGGGAGGCGGUUCCACCUGGGUGGCCCACAGUGUGGCCUGUGGUUGGGGAGGGUCCAAGAUGACAGCAUAAGAGGAGAGUGUGCUUCCUCCCGUGGACAUACCGAAUGCACGCCUGUGUUUAGAGUAGCUGUCUCCGGGAGACAACUAGGGGACAGCUGAAGAGGAGGCUACCUGGAGGAGAUUGGAGGAGCUGGUGAGCGCCAUUGUUUGCAUCCUCCUUAUCUGUGGGUAGCACUGGUGAGAGCUCCGCCCACGUGCUCUGGCCAGCGUGCAGGGCCACAGUACUGCAUCCAGUCACCCCUCUUAGCACCGGUUCCAGCAGGAAGAGGGCGCUGUAGCAGGUGUGCACAGCCCCUACCAUUACCCAUAUGGUUAGACCCACUGGCCCAACAGGGCACUGAAGCUCAGCUACUGCUGUGCACACCCACUGGGCUGCCCCAGCCAGAGCCAAAACAGCCACCAGGGAGGAACCACAGUGCAUAUAUGCUGGACAGUCCCACCCUGAGUGAUUUCAGGGGCUCAGCAGGGCAUCGCUAUGCUCCUGCCCAGGCGGUGAUCCAGCUCAGAUCUCCGCAGCAGUGAAAGUAACAGAAUAUGCCUUGCGAGUACACAAAGGGGCUCACCCAGGGUGAGGGAGCCGGCAGAGUGCUGCAACAUGCACUUGGGGGCUGUGUAGACGGGCAGCUAUCAGGACAACGGAGCGAGCCAUGUGCACUCACAUGGAGAGGGAGGUCCCUGCCGGAGUGGGAGGGAGCUGACAGUCAAACAAAACGACAGGGCAAACCGCACAGCAGGAAGCCCUGCCUGGAGUAAGAGGGAACCGGCAGAGUUCUGCAUUGCCGUGGUCAGGUUUCCCCAGGCCAGCUCCAGCCACGGUCGAUCAAAACAACAGGGCACUCACCAGGCAACCACGUGGAUCGAGAGUGGAACCGGCAGGGCUCUACAGUGCACGCACACAGUGCUGCCCCUCCCGGCCCUGGGCCUGGCUGCGGACAGCCAGAACAACAGGGCACUACCACACGCACACCACGCUGGCCCCGGGCACUGCACACGCCCACCCCAACUCCAGCCAGCCUGCCGAAACCACCUCGUCUACACAGACUCCCCUUUCCACAAGACCGACUUUUCAAGACUGGGAGGGAUGAGCUGUAUUGUUUAACUCACGGACAUGAGAAACCCCCCCCCCAACCAAA